AUGAGGCAAUUGUACAAGGCACCUAAAAGGGCAAAUGCAUUGCAACUAAUUCCAAGAAAAGCCAAGAAUCUGACUGAACCAAAAAGAGCCACCAGCUCUGGUGGUUGGGGAGGCAUCACGAGUGUGGACACACAGUGGUUUGGUGACCAAAAGAAUAUAUGCAAAUGA